CGCCCCUCCGGGCUGCCCCGCCACGGCCGCUGCGCCAGGUCUAUCUUGGGGUUGAGAAGACCUCUGAUGUGAGCCUCUGUGGUGGCCUCCAGCAGGACAGGACCUCCCUUUGGGCAGAUGGAGAACCUGUCUCCAUACCCCCUCAGAUCCCAGCUGACAUUAUGGUGGAUUUGGGCUGCAGCCCGGGCCUGGGCCUCCUGCCACUGACUCAGCCUCAGAGCCUUUAGCAAGAGACCACCCCUCCUGCCAGGGGCCCAGGGCUGGCCAGUGACUAUGCGGCUUGGGCUGUGUGUGGUGGCCCUGGUUCUGAGCUGGACACACCUCGCUAUGGGCAGCCGGGGGAUCAAGGGCAAGAGGCAGAGGCGGAUCAGUGCUGAGGGGAGCCAAGCUUGUGCCAAGGGCUGUGAGCUCUGUUCGGAAGUCAACGGUUGCCUCAAGUGCUCACCCAAGCUGUUCAUUCUGCUGGAGAGGAACGACAUCCGCCAGGUGGGCGUCUGCCUGCCGUCCUGCCCGCCUGGAUACUUUGAUGCCCGAAACCCCGACAUGAACAAAUGCAUCAAAUGCAAGAUCGAGCACUGUGAGGCCUGCUUCAGCCACAACUUCUGCACCAAGUGUCAGGGGGGCUUGUACUUGCACAAAGGCCGCUGCUAUCCAGCCUGUCCCGAGGGCUCCACAGCAGCCAACAGCACCAUGGAGUGCGGCAGUCCUGCACAAUGUGAAAUGAGUGAGUGGUCCCCGUGGGGCCCCUGCUCCAAGAAGAGGAAGCUGUGCGGUUUCCGGAAGGGAUCGGAAGAGCGGACACGCAGGGUGCUCCACGCUCCUGGGGGAGACCACACCACCUGCUCCGACACCAAAGAGACCCGGAAGUGUACAGUGCGCAGGACGCCGUGUCCUGAGGGGCAGAAGAGGAGGAAGGGGGGCCAGGGCCGGAGGGAGAAUGCCAAUAGGCAUCCGGCCAGGAAGAACAGCAAGGAGCCAGGCUCCAACUCUCGGAGACACAAAGGGCAGCAGCAGCCACCACAGCCAGGGACAGCAGGGCCACUCACAUCAGUAGGACCCACCUAGGCACAGCGGCCCAUCUCCAGAUCCAUGUGGAAGAGUCCAGUGCUGUACUGCAUAACGGGAACUUUCUAGUACUGGAGCGUCUAGGACAGCAAGUCCACCCAUACUCCACCUACCUACCCAUCCAUCCAUCCAUCCAUCCAUUCAUCCAUCUGUGCACAUUCAUGCACACACGGCCAUCUGAAAAUGACCACACACACACACACACACACACACACACAAACACACACACACUCUUGAGGUUACCGAAGAGACUUCCAUUCUGUGAUUCUGUGGCCCAGCUGGAUAUUCAGUUUGUGAUGCUCUUGGAAGAGAGAACCUUUCCCAGCAUCUGAACCUAAACUUCAAGGAGUGGAACCUUCUGGAGGAACUUCUGGGACAGCAUCUGCCAGACAGAUGGCAGAUUAGAGCCAAAGCUGGACCAGCUGCCAAUGGGGAGACUGUUUUCCCCUGUCAUGGGUGGCAUUCCCAACUGGGUGACUUGAUUGUUGGAGAUGAGAGUCAUUACACAUCCGUGGUACGUGUCAGGGCCGACCUGACUUUGAAACUGCUUAAAGGUUUAUUUCAAAUUAAAAAGAGAGAGA